AUGUUCACCCCAUUCGUCGUCGCUCUCGCUCUCUCAGCAGGUGUACUCGGCGCUCCGGCACCAGCAGCAGCAGACGCCAAGUCAUCGACGACUAUCAAAGCUACAGCCACUUCGGUCUCUUCGUCCGCCUCCACGGUCCCAUCGCCAACCAGCGAUUCGUCCUUGCCGGUCCCGACUGUACCCUAUGCAUCUGAUGACUUGAACGAGUCGUACCUCGACAAGUUCCAAAACGAGCUCCCGGAGCCGAUUCGAGGUGCCGCAGGUGCCAAGUUGCUCGGUCCUCAAAAUGUCCCUAUUGACCGACAGAAUCCUGACUUUUUGGCGAGCCCAAGUACUGACAACGGAGCCGUUUCCAACGCCAAGUGGCCAUUCAGCUUGUCGCAUAACCGAGUUCAGGAUGGUGGUUGGGGGCGUCAACAGAAUGUCCACACGAUGCCCAUCGCAACGGCUAUGGCUGGUGUGAACAUGCGUCUGAAAGCUGGAGGAAUUCGUGAAUUACACUGGCAUACUGCUGCGGAGUGGGCAUACGUGUUGGCGGGAAGCUGCCGUGUUGGUGCUGUCAACGCCGACGGCCAAAAUUAUCAGGCCGAUGUUUACCCGGGUGACCUUUGGUACUUCCCAGCUGGUGUCCCACACGUCCUCCAGGGCCUCAACAAUACUGCCGAUGGCUGCGAGUUCCUCCUGGUGUUCGACGACGGAGAGUUCAGCGAAGAUUCCACCUUUUCAGUUACAGAUUGGAUGGCACACGUUCCCAAGGAAGUACUGGGCAAGAACUUCAAGGUCAACGCUUCCGCCUUUGACCAUAUUCCAGAUCGUCAGCUGUGGAUGUUGCCUAGUGCGGUCCCUACUGGCACUGCCGACGGUGAUUUGGUGAAGAGCCCUCAAGGAGUUUCUACUCUCCCUUACUCGUUUGCUGCUAGCAAGGCCAACGCAACAAAGGUUGCGGGUGGAUCAGUCAAAGUUGUUGAUUCAAGAACCUUUGAAGUUAGCAAGACCAUUGCUAUGGCUGAGGUCACCGUCGAGGUCGGAGGAAUUCGUGAGCUCCACUGGCAUCCGACUCAACCCGAAUGGAGUUAUUUCAUUCAAGGAAAUGCGCGCAUCACUGUUUUUGCUGCUCAGGCCAACGCCCGUACCUUUGACUACCAGGCUGGUGAUAUCGGCUACGUACCUCCUUCCUUCGGCCAUUAUGUCGAGAACAUUGGCAACACCACGCUCAAGUUCCUCGAGAUCUUCAACGCCGACAAAUACGAGGAUAUUUCUUUGAACCAGUGGCUCGCUCUCACUCCUCCCGAACUGGUCAAGGCUCACUUGCAACUCAGCGACGAUACCAUUAGCAAGCUCCAAAAAGUCAAGCCAAUCGUUGUUGGGUCCGGUCUCCUCUAA